AUGAAUUCAGGAACGACAAUGUGGCUUUCAGUCUUCUGUUCAAUUUGUAUUUUGGGAAAUUGUUACAGCCUUGAUUACAACGGUGCUAAACUAGUAACUUACGGUGAACCUUGCGUUACAACUCGUCGAUUCCCUUUUCAAAUCGAGGGACCUAAACCGCCACCAAAGGAAGAAAAGAUACCUGUAUCGUUAAACUUUAGAAUUGUUUCUGAUAUGUAUGUUCAACCUCGUCGUACUGAAUAUCCAAUUUCGUUAGACAUACCAUGUACUACUUCAACACCAUCAGAAAAGUUAUCGAUAGAUGAUACUUUACGAGGAAAAGUUUACACGUACAAUACUUAUACUCCUUAUGACUUUAAUUCGGCAUCAUCUUCGAAAAAUUAUAAUUUUGGCAUUGAUGUCCCAAGUAUAACAAAAGACUCUAUUACUGAAUGCGAAACGAAACGAAUUGAACGACUGAAAGGACUUAAAUCUCGAAUUGAUCGAAUACUUGUUCCUGCUUGCGAUGUUCCAUCAAGAUCAUCGUAUUGUCAAUGUUAA